AUGACGUCACUGAGGGAACUGUCCCUUGUAAACAAACCAGUGUUACUAGUGUUGCCAGGCGAUGUAGUGACGUUAACAGUCAACAGGCCUUACAGUUUAAUAUGUCAUUUAACCAGUUCAUGUAAAUUUAUGAUGUCAAACAAUGAAUUCAUCUGAAUUAUUAUGGAGUUUGAUAACCAGAAUGGUUUAUGUAAAACCACUGGCAGUGUCCAUCAUGCUGCCAGUUCAUGCGAGAAUUCACAAACUGGAGAUGCUCAUUCAGCGGUCCAGAAUACAAAGCUAGAUGCAGAAGAGCCUGAAAUAGAUGAUGAGGAUGUAGGAGAGAGCCUACAGCAUGUUCCUCCUAACAAACAUCAACAAUUAUAUCCAAAUAUACAUAAAAAUGUUCCUGUUGUAACUACAUCAGUAGUUCAGAACAGCAGUGCUACAUUUCAGCAGGUUCUUAACUUCAGUCCAGCCUACCUAAAUUUGUACUAUGGCAGUCAUGGCACGGCACCAGGAUAUAGCCUGGGAUAUCCCAAUAAUAAUCCCUUAACAUCUGGCUAUUUACUUUCUUCAGGUUUUCCACAGAUGCCCUCAGCACCAGGAUUCCUCACUGGAGCAGGUUAUCACUUCAGUCACACUGGUUCUCCCAUUCUUGGAGGAUUAAGGGUCCCAGGCUCCCUACUGUUACCUCCAGGCCAGACCGGGACACCUCUUCAUUCUGCAGCAAUUGUCGGAGACAAGCAAAAACUAGCAGAAAUUCUUCAAGAUAACAGUAUAAACCUUGAAGUUCAAGACCGCUGGGGACGAGUUCCACUUGUAUAUGCGGUAAUGGGUAACAACCAGGAAGCUGUAGAAGCACUUCUUCGAGCUGGAGCUAGACCUGAUGCUACUGAUUCUCACAGUCGCACAGCACUCCAUUAUGCUUCAUAUAAAGGCCAUCUAGGUUGCAUCAAGGCCAUUCUCCAUGCAGUAGAGAGCAAGGGCAUGCUCCACCUAGAGAGUCAAGGUGGUGUUUGGCUGGCUCAGGAUGUGAGAGGUGUGACACCAUUGCACCAUGCAGCUGUUCAUAGUAAUCACAAGUACCUUCAAGCUCUUCUCAAGUAUGCUGCUCCUGGAACACUAGAUACAGAAGAUCAUAAAAAGAGGACUCCCCUCCAUUGGGCAGCAGCAUAUGGAUCUGAGGAAAAUGUGCGCCUUCUGAUAAAACACGGAGCAAACAACCUUACACCAGACCAAGAGGGAAAAACACCGUUGCAUUGGGCAGCUAUGAGUCGAGCUGAGGGAGCCAAAGAUUGUGUUAGAAUAUUGAUAGGUGCCGCACCUUCCAGUGUUAAUUGGCAAGAUUUUGAUGGUAUAACAGCAUUGCAUUUAGCUGUUGCUGAGGCAAGAAAGGACACUGUUGAUGUGAUUUUAUCUGUUCCAAAGUGCAAUGUUGACUUGACUGAUAAUCAGUUUCGAACUGCUCUUCACUGGGCCUGCAACAGGGGAUUAACGGCAAUAGUCGGUCGUCUCUUGGAACAACGGGCCCACCCAGGUGCUGUGGAUGUGUACGGUGCCACCCCUCUACACUACGCUGCCCAGCUGAACCAUGCUGACACUGUAGAACUGCUUGUAAGGCGACCUUGUGUACGAGAUGAUCCCUCAAAAGAAGGUUACACAGCCUUGUUAUGGGCAGCAGCACGUGGUGCAGACUCAGCCCUAACAGUAAUGGUGAGACAUGGAGCUUCCCUCUCCCAAGCUGAUCCUCGAGGAUGCACAGCACUGCACAUUGCUGCAGGAGCCGGACAUGUUUCCACUGUUGGUGUCCUCCUUCGGCUUAGAGCACCUUUUGAUGUGUGUGCCAGUGAUGGACGCACUCCUCUCUUACAUGCAGCUCAGGCUGGGCAUGCACAGAUUGUGAAAAUUUUAGCUAAAGCAGGAGCAUCACUUGAUCAUCGAGACAAUGAAGGACAAUGUGCCCUCCACCAUGCUGUUCUGAGUGGUCACCUCUACCUGGCACAGAUACUCAUCAGAGCAGGGACAUCAGUGAAUGUUCAGGACUACUCGGGUCGUACCCCUCUGCACAUGGCAGCAUACAGAGGACUCAGUGACAUCAUGUUUUUGCUGCUGGAGAAUCGUGGUGAUGUCAAUGCCAGGGAUCACCAGGGCCAGAGUCCUCUUCAUUGGGCUGCCCAACAAGGUCAUCUAGGAGCUGUUAACACUUUACUUGAUUUUCAUGCUUAUCCCAACUACACUCAGACAACAGUUGACAGAUACACACCCUUGGAUUGUGCAUAUGUGGCUGAGCAGCUAGAGGUAGCACAGGUUCUGAUGGAGGCCGGAGGUUUAUCAGUCACAAGGAUCAUGGAAAUUGCAGCCACCAGGAUCCAAGCUUUAAUGCGAGGUUAUAUCAUUCGCAAGCAUUUUAGACUGUUCCGGGGAUCUUCUAGAAGUCACAGUGGCAAAAACUUCUCUGAUAAAACUCUUGGAGUUGGAAGCAGUUUUGUUGAUUCACUUAUGAGUGAAACAAAGCACUGGUCUUCUUCCAUACAGUCAGAAACAUCUGACAGUGCCACAUACUGUCAUGUGAAAGGUUCACCUCUGGUAAACAGUGAUAAUAGUGAUACUUGUGGAAACUUAGAGAAUGAAGAGGUUGGAAUGGAUUCAAAAAUAAUUCACCCAGCACAACAUACUCGAGGUUCACCCACUGAUUCUAGUCUCUACAACUCAGUUUCUGGCCAGCAGCAUUCAAGAGCUUUGGCAAGCAGUAUUAUGAGAAACACUGCAGAGAAGACCUUAUGUAAUUUAGACCAGCAAGGCCUUAGUGAGUUGGGUACUGGCCAGAUGAAGCCUGCAGAAAUAUCAGCUGGCAAAAACUUCUCUGAUAAAACUCUUGGAGUUGGAAGCAGUUUUGUUGAUUCACUUAUGAGUGAAACAAAGCACUGGUCUUCUUCCAUACAGUCAGAAACAUCUGACAGUGCCACAUACUGUCAUGUGAAAGGUUCACCUCUGGUAAACAGUGACAAUAGUGAUACUUGUGGAAACUUAGAGAAUGAAGAGGUAGGGAUGGAUUCAAAAAUAAUUUACCCAGCACAACAUCUUAUUCGAGGUUCACCCACUGAUUCUAGUCCCUACAACUCAGUUUCUGGUCAGCGACGUUCAAAAGUUUUGGCAAGCAGUAUUAUGAGAGGUGCUCGUAAGAAAACCUUAAGAAAUUUAGAACUACCAGAACUUAUUGAAUUGGGUAUUGGCCAGAUGAAGCCAGCAAAAAUAUCAGCAGAUGCAGAUGACUCAGACUCAGAGGACCGCUAUGCCGUGUUAUCUUCUGCAGUUCAUAGUUCAUCAUUUGUUAUGGCUCAAGUACUGCAACAUUCCAGUAAUAUUGCCAGUUCCGUAGCCCCUGCUGGUGUGGCUAAACCUACUCAAGAUCUAAACAAUACCAGUGAAGAGAGUGAUAAAGUGAAUAUACAAAGAAGUCAUGAGUGUGAUGAUGAUGAUGGGCACUCAAAUAGUAAAGGAUGUGAAAAUGAAAUAACUAAUGGUAGAACUCAGAAUCAGAAAGUACAGCCGGUAACAAAUCUUGAUGAUGUAACCACGAGAAAAAACAAUGAAAAUGUAAUGCGAAAUGCCCAGGAGUGGGAUGGAAAUAGAGAAACAUGUUCGUCAAAUAUACACAACAAAGAAAGACUUCAUCCAACUUCUGCCAGACAUAUUGAGGCAAUGAAAUUAAAUGAAAAACUUAAGGAGGAGUUUUAUGAUGACUGCAUAGAUGAAGAAAAUAACCCCUGUGAUGAUACAGAGAGUGGCAGAAUACUUCAUAGGAUGGACAGGAGACAAAUACUACAAGAGAAAGCAGCAAAAGCCCUUAGUAUUGCAGAAAAACAAGAUUUAGAUCAAGGAAACUUUGCAUUGAGGCAAAAGGAACGACAAAUCUUGAGUGCAGAUACAAGAAAGCAUGCAGAAGAGAAAUGGAAUAACAAACUUGCAUCUCUGACAUUACAAACUGUGUCACGACCACACAGUUCUAAGGCUGUUGUGCCUUUCUCCUACAACUUGGUGUCCCCACCUACUUCAUUAGCAGUUGGAAGCUCCAAAAUAAACACUCACACAGAGAAAAGGGAUGGAUAUAAUGCUUCAUCAUAAGAAUUGUCUGUGUUAAUAAUGUUUACAAUAAUGUUGUUGAAUGAUAUGCUACUCAGGGUGUCUUGUCUAAAUGGUUAGGGUUUGUGUUCCCACAUACAGAUAUAAAAUAUAUAAAGUAUGAUUCUUUUUAAAGUGUCAUAUGACAAAUUACUGUAUAUAAUAAAUAAAUAUACCUGUAAUAUCUUGAAACUCAUAAUUUACCCUCUGAAGAGUUGACAUAUACUGUAGUACAGCAUCAUACUGUACUGUAUAUACUGUUGACACAGAAAAUGGACAUUAAAGGAGUUGACUUCAAUAUAUGAAUCUAAAUGACUUCAAAGUUUCCAGUGUGUUAGAAACCUUAGUUUCAUAGCCAAGUGCCAAAGUUGUAUUGUUACAUUGUGAGAAGGAAGAAUUCUCUGAAUAUUAACAACAAAAUAUCCCAAUGCCUUCCUUACCUCUGCUUCAUCCAAUUAAUGUAGUCUCCAUGUUGAAUUAAAAAAUUAUUGAGGCCCCGUGUGCAUUCAGCUGACUACAUUAGAGGUAAGUGUACAGUAACACUUUAUUCAUUUUUCAUUAUUGAUUAUUUUUACUGUACUGUAUUUCAUUUUAGAAUUUCUAUUGUAUUAUUAUCGCAUUUUCGACUUACGACCAAUUCGACUUACGACCAAUUCGACGUACGACCCGGUCGUUGGGACGGAACCCUGUCGUAAGUCUAGGAGAGACUGUAUAUUCUAAUAUACUCGCAAGUCCCUAUUGCAAGACUGUGUUUAACAUUUGUUCUCCUGUUUUUGUCCAACCUUAUCCAAGACAGAUCUACAAUUAAUUGAGAUCUAGUAGAACUGAUUUACCCCACAGUGGAAGAUCACUUUAGAAAAUUACAAGUAAAGAAUAUAGUGAAGUAUUGAAAAAUCUUCAGAUUUUUCUUUAAUUUCCAUUACUAUGUAUUAUUCAUCAAUCCUACUUAUUAUUAUUAUUAAUAUUAUUACAGGUAUUAAUAAGAAGAAGUAAAAAUUAAAGGCACAGUAUUUUAGACACUAACAGCCUGCCAACUCUUCCUCUGUGGUAAACUUGCACAGUUCAGGUUUGACUGCAAACUUUGGUUGUCAGGUAAAUCUGAGAGUGUAGCAGGAUAUAGACUUUAAGUUCAACAUCAACACAUCCUUUCAAAUACUUUUAUUGUGAUGUCAAAUAAAAACUUUCUUUUUUGC